AGUAACCCAUUUUGUUGAAGUUGAAUUCUGCCCUGGAACCUUUGUGGCAGGAACUUAGCGACUGUAUUAGCACAACCGAGUCAGCGUUGGGACAAAGCACUUUAUCACCAAUCAUGGCUUCUAUGAGUGUUGGAGAUGGUGUUGGGGAUGGUGUUGCUGGAUUAUCUCUCUCAUCCCCCCUCUUCCUCCUGGGACACAGAGACUCUUGCCAUUCAUUGAGUCUUUCUUUGUUCUGUGUGAAAAGCUGCAGUCAAGCAAUACAUUUGUUCACCAGGAUCAAACAAAUGCAACUGCUCAAGAAGUUAAAGAAUCUGCUGAUGCUUCUUCCUCAGCACCGACAAAGUGUGGUGGUGAUUCUCAGAGAAGAUUUGACAGUGCUGUCAUAUUUUCAAGGUUUGCUGACAAACACCGUCGACUUUUGAAUGCAUUUAUCAGGCAGAGUCCAGGGUUGCUGGAAAAGUCGCUCUCUAUGAUGCUGAAAGCACCUCGUCUCAUCGAUUUUGAUAACAAGAGGGCAUACUUUCGUUCUAGAAUCAGGCAACAGCAUGAGCAACACCAUGCUGGGCCACUCAGAAUAAGUGUUCGCCGGGCAUAUGUUCUUGAAGACUCAUAUAAUCAGCUGCGAAUGAGAUCAAAUCAGGAUCUGAAGGGGCGAUUGAAUGUUCAGUUUCAAGGUGAAGAGGGAAUUGAUGCUGGUGGCCUAACAAGAGAGUGGUACCAGUUAUUGUCAAGGGUUAUCUUUGAUACGGGUACACCACUGUUCACCACAGUUGGAAAUGAUGCAACCUUCCAGCCAAACCCUAAUUCUGUUUACCAGACUGAACAUCUAUCAUACUUCAAAUUUGUUGGCCGUGUGGUUGCCAAGGCCUUAUUCGAUGGGCAACUUUUGGAUGUGUACUUCACCCGUUCCUUCUACAAGCAUAUUUUGGGCGUGAAGGUGACCUAUCACGACAUUGAGGCUGUUGAUCCAGAUUACUAUAAGAAUUUGAAGUGGUUGCUGGAGAAUGAUGUCAGUGAUAUUCUUGACCUUACUUUUAGCAUGGACGCAGAUGAGGAGAAACUUAUUUUGUAUGAGAAAACACAGGUUUUUCCAAGUUCUAAUGGCGGAUCCUAUGGAAUCGGCGAGUCCCCGGUUCCAAAGUAGCUUCCAUUAAAAUUAGGCGGAAGAGGGAGAAGCAGAAGGUCCAAGUGUUAACUCCCAGGGAGAGAGAAUCGGGGUUGAAAGCCUUAAUUGAGGAGCUUGAGAGUUUGUCUAGGUACUUUGAUGAGAUUUUGAGCAGCGAUCAAUGCGGGUCAAGUUGCAUCUUCGGAGUGUUUCAUCGAGUAAUAGUGCGAAUGCGGUAAUUAUCAGGUGAUGCGUGAGAGAGAAGAACGGAAGCUUUGGGAACUUUACCUCUGUACCAACGAUCUCACUGCCUGUUGCAGUUGUGGCUGACUUAUGAACUGUGUUUUAUAUGUUAUUUAUGAAGGGCAAUUAGUGUAGGUAAAGAUAUUGGUGGUAAAAGUUGUGCAUUGGCAAGCGUGUCCAGUCAAAACGGUGCGAGUAUUAAGGGACGGAGGGAGUAGUAAGUAACUUUUGUGUCUCUCCUUGUGCACAUUUUAUCUUUCUUUACUCUAAACUUGCUCAUUCAUAAGCAUUAUUUUGGACAAGUGAUUUGCGUUUGAGGGACUGCCAACUCCAAAAGGGAAGCAUGUUCGUUUUGUGGAUGAAGAAUGACUGGGAAAUAGGGUGGUGCUUUUGAUCGAUGCGCUGUUGUGUUAUAUGAAUCUGAUAAAGUAGCUAACUUUGAAUCUGAUAAAGUAGCUAACUUCCUCAAGUUCUUUGAUUUUUCUUUUGGGUAUGAAACCUUUUUCAUAUAUAUACUUCCUCCGUCUUUUAAUACUCGCAACGUUUGAACUUUU